GGAAGUGGCCAGGGCGACCCCGGAUGGAAAACGGGGGAAAGUGGCGCGGCGUCUCGUUUUCCUGAGAGCGGGAGGCCGAACGUCGCCGCUCCGGUCAACCAGGAGGCUGAAACAAGCUCUUCAGCUAAUAUGGCUGAAGUAGAAGAGAGUGGAAAGCGAAAGCGAAAGUUGGCUGAAGAACCUGAUAGCAUAAGUAUCAAAUGCCCGCGUAGGGAUUCUCCUGUUGAAAACGAUGAUAAAACUGAAAAUAAGUGUGAUGAAGGUCAAACAGGAGACGGAAAUACUCUUCAUCAUGAAACAGAAUCUGAAGAGGUUCCUAAAAAGAAAACACAUUCAGAAGAUGUAGCAGCGCAUUAUAAUAAGCUUGAAGAGGUUGGAUUGGAACAACGUAGCACGAGUCGCAUCUUCUAUCUCCGAAACUUUAACAAUUGGAUAAAGAGCGUGCUAAUUGGUGAAUUCCUUGAUAAGGUACGGCAAAGAAAACAAAACAUUACAGUGUUAGACUUGGGAUGUGGUAAAGGUGGGGACUUGCUGAAGUGGAGAAAAGGCCGAAUAAGUAAACUUGUAUGUACAGAUAUUGCUGGUGUAUCUGUACAACAGUGUGAACAGCGUUACCAAGAUAUGAAAAAUCGUGGUCGCCAGAAUGAUAGAUUUUUCAGUGCAGAAUUUAUAACUGCGGAUAGCACCAAGGAACUUCUGUCUAAAAAGUACAGGGAUAGCAAUAUGUACUUUGACAUUUGCAGCUGUCAGUUUGUAUAUCAUUAUUCAUUUGAGACCUAUGAGCAAGCGGAUAUGAUGCUUAAAAAUGCUUGUGAGCAACUUUCCCCUGGAGGAUACUUCAUUGGCACAACUCCAGAUAGUUACCAACUUGUAAAACGCCUUGAAUCUUCAGAAACAAAUUCAUUUGGGAAUGAAAUAUAUAAUGUAAAGUUUCAGAAAAAGGGAGAGUAUCCUUUGUUUGGUUGCAAAUAUGACUUCCACUUGGAAGGGGUGGUUGAUGUUCCAGAAUUCCUGGUUUAUUUUCCAUUGCUGGAAGACAUGGCAAAGAAGUAUAAAAUGAAACUAGUCUACAAAAAAACCUUUUGGGAAUUUUAUGAAGAAAAAGCGAAGAACAUGGAACAUAAAAUGCUUCUGCAACAAAUGAAGGCAUUGGAGAAAUACCCCGCUGAUGAAGGUUCCAGAUUGGUCUCACAAAUAAAAGAGGAUUAUGAGCAUGCUGAAAUGUUUAAGAAGGAUGGAAAAGGAAAACUACCUUUUGGAACAAUGAGUAAACCUGAAUGGGAAGCAACAAGUCUAUACUUGAUUUUUGCAUUUGAAAAACUUUAAAAGGAAAAAGAAAACAAUGAAAUACAGAGGAUGUGAACAAGCAUCCAAACUGACAGCUAUUUUAUAUUUUUAUGUUUAAGCGUGUGCAGGAAACAACCAAGAUUAGGCAUGCUUAUAUUUGAGUCAUGGCUGCCUGUCUGUGACAGAUGGAUUUUUUGUUGUUGUUUGUAUGUGGUGUAUAUACAGUAUAUGUGUUAUGCCUUUUACUUUUUGUGUGGUAUGGCUAGGUUCCUACUUUCAACGAAAGAUGAGUUUUCUGGAAUACUCAGGGUGUUUUCAGGUACAGAGUUGCCACAUUGACUCCUUAAAGCUGUAUCGUGACAGUUGUCACAGUACUGUAUGAAGAUCUGAGCAUAUGUAACUGCUGCCAACUAAAAUGUUUAAGGAAUAGUUUGGUAAUUAUAUUGCUACAAAUUAUAGGACUACAAAUUACAUUGCCAAGGACUACAAGUUCACUUAUUGUUACACUUCUUGCAAAAUAAAUUUCCAAGGGAUUAUCAUUUGAGAUCUGCUGCAAGAUGCUGUUGGGUUGUAUAAAGUUGUAGACUAGUAAAUUUGUAAGCACUGAAAUGUGAGUCUGGAUCCAGUAUUUGCUGCAAUCAGUAGAAAUGUUACCCUGUUUUGAAACCUGUACUAGUGGGCAUUUUCUUUAGACAACCUUGUAAAGAGCUUACAUGAUUCAACAGCUCUUUUAUGUGUACGAGUUCUGUGUGUGUUGGGAUACCAGAACUUCAUUAUUAAUGGCUUGGAUUUUCUAUUUCACAGUGGAGUAUUUUCACUGUUAAAUUAAUUGUGGUUGGUAUGUAGGAUGGGUAAUAUUUGGAGAAAUACUAUUGUGCUGUUUGUAUUCCUUAGAUUGUAAUUUCUUUUAAAAUAGGUAAUGAAAAUUAAAAAUAUUUCUCUUCUUAUCACUUACGUGUAUCUGAGAAGUUGGAAUUCCCAACUAUAUGGCUGUUCAUACUGUAUAUAUUCUUUGAAAAAUUAUGAUACAUAAGUAGCAAAAGUCAUUGCCAUGAGAUUUUUUUUUUUUUUUUACAAAUACUAUAUUUACACAGAAUUGUCCUACAAAUCAUGAUUUUUCUGAGCUGGAUUUAAUUGGAUAUACACUUUUAAAUGAAUAAAGGGUAGGUCAACACUACAGUGAAUGUACACACUAAAUAAUGGUAGGGGCUUGCAGGAAUGUGGGUUGUGUGGCCAUGGUGUUCUGGAUGAAAUAGGCCAAUUUUAUAACAUCCAAAAUACUACAUCCUGUUUUUGGUUUAGAGGUUUAACUUCUUGAAAACUCUGGGACAAUGGCUUAGCUAAGUAUGGUUUGGAGAAUUGGAAUCUUGGGAAGCUCAUGGAAUCAUAGGUUUUGCACUUAUCUACAUGUUUACAUAUGUAAAAGCAGUUUGUGGCAUAUGUUUCCAAUAUGUAAGGGAUAUAUAAAGAGAUGAAACUUAUUUUAUUGAAAUGAAAAGAUUUCCCACUAAAUUCUGCAUAUAUAGAUUUUUAUUGUAACCGUAGCUUUAAAUUGUAAUCUUAAAAAUGAGUUCACCACUCAGCUGCUACAUGAUACAUUGAUAGGAGAUAACUCAUGUGACUUAAACUGUGAUACUUUAAAUGAACAACUUCUGUCUUCAUCUUAAAUGAACAACUGCUCGAUCACACAAUUUACAUGUUUGUUCUUGGUUCCUUUUUCAUUCUCCAUAUUUUGCCAACUGGUCAGUUCUCAUAAUAAAGCUAUUUACAGCUGGUGUAAA